AUGGCCAACCCCAAGACCGCCGGCGCCGCGGUGCGCACGUUUCCGAUCCUGCUUAGAUGGGGCCUCCGUACGCGCCCCGGCGCGCAUCCGUACCCGAUUGGCGGUCCUGGGCGGCGCAGCAGCGUCACGGAUGAGGAGAAGCGCGCGUGCGUGCGGGACAAUGCGGCGACGCUGUACCACGACCUCGGCGUCGUGGCGUUUGACGGAUGCUCGUACGGGCAGGCGCGGAGGCUGGGCGUCAUCCUGGCGCGGGCGGUGGCGCUCGGGGCGACGAGGACGGAGACGGGAGGUGUGAGGGUGCCGGAGGAGAGCGCGCUCGAGGCGUUUGAGCUGUUCCCGGAGCUGUGGCGGCUGGAGGAGGAGACCUGGGGGCCGAGGCUGAAGGAGGAGGAGAGCCAGGAGUAG